AUGGCCGAUCCACUGCCAAAAUCACUCUCUACCUCUGCACAGAUUGUACAUAUUCUGGUAAUCGCGGGAGAUCAUGUUGAACCUGAGAUUAUGAAAGAGUCCCUUCGUGUGCUACGUACCGUCGAAGUCACAUCCCAAGGACGGUUGAAGUUCGAGCUCAACCACCAAUUUGCCGGAGGGUGCAGCAUCGAUGAAUACGGCACUCCCACAACGGAUGAGGUGCUCCAAAUGGCAAAAGAAGAGAGCGAUGCAGUUUUGCUUGGCAGCAUUGGCGGACCGGAAUGGGGCACGGCAUCUCCAAACCCCGAGCCUGGACUUCUACGCUUGCGCCAACAUCUCGAUGCCUUCGCCAACAUCCGUUUAUGUGUGUUCUACUCCCGUAGUCUGGUCCCAUUAUCACCACUGAAGCAAUCCGUUGUAGAGGGCACCAACUUUAUUCUUCUUCACGAAAAUACUGGUGGUGCUUGUUUCGGAACAAAGGUAGAGGGACCGGAGUUUGCAAGCGAUUCUUGGGCAUAUAGUCAGGGGAAUGGAGGUCCAGCCACGGUGUGGUCCAGUGACAAAGCAAAUGUCCUCGCAUCUGGCCGACUUUGGAGGAAGGUGAUGAGUGAAUUAUUUAACCAGGAGUUUUCUCACAUUGAGCUAAAGCAUCAAUUGGCAGACAGCCUAUCAAUGAUGAUGGUUAAAAAUCCGAAGACGCUCAACGGCAUAAGACACACGGAUGACACAUUUAGCGAUAUUUUUGCCAGUCUCUGUGGCGUUCCCGACGGCAAGACUCGCUGUAAUGGCAUCUAUGAACCCGUCCACGGCUCAGCUCCGGAUAUUUCAGGCAAAGGCAUCGUCAAUCCGGUGGCUAGAAUCCUCUCUACAGCAAUGAUGUUGCGAUACUCGUUCAAUCUCGACGCUGAAGCCGCGGCCAUCGAAGCCGCUGUCGAGAAGGUCUUAGAUGGGAAGGACGUUGGCGGAUUGAAAAUCCGCACCGGUGAUCUCGGCGGAGCGGCCACUACCAAAGAGUUUGACGAAGCUGUUUGCAGGAAGCUUAAUGUUAGAGCUUAA